GACCGGAGAGUUUAUGGUUCCCUCCUCAAUGCCUAUGUGAGGGCCAAGUCUAGAGAAAAAGCUGAAUCCCUGCUCAGCACCAUGAGGGAGAAAGGAUACGCCCUGCACCCGCUUCCCUUCAACGUCAUGAUGACUCUCUACAUGAACCUUAGGGAGUUCGACAAAGUCGACGCCAUGGUCUUCGAGAUGAAGCAGAAAGAUAUACGUCUCGACAUUUACUCCUACAACAUCUGGCUCUCCUCCUGCGGCUCCCUAGGAUCUGUUGAGAAAAUGGAACUAGUGUACCAGCAGAUGAAAUCAGAUGUUGCUAUUAAUCCCAACUGGACCACUUUUAGCACUAUGGCCACCAUGUACAUUAAGAUGGGCGAAACUGAUAAAGCCGAAGAUGCACUGAGGAAGGUUGAAGCAAGGAUCACUGGUCGUAAUCGCAUUCCAUAUCACUACCUCUUGAGUUUGUACGGCAGCGUUGGUAACAAGAAA